AUGCUUAGAGGAUUGUCUCCAGAUAACCUACGUUUUAUAAUAAUAGACCACGAAACGUUAACAACCACGACCGACAUGUCUAUCCCGACAACACCGGUGCCAACCCGAAUAACAAGAAAGCGACAAAACAACACAUCACCGGAGCCAUCUACAGCUGUUCAAAACGUCGCACGGUCCUUAUCCUAUGACCCUUCGGUCAACACAUACAUGCAGACACUCCUACAUGAUGCUCCAGAAGAACUGCCAUACAAGGAGCUCACAGUCGCCACCCACGUGAUCGCUGACCUUGACAACAUAACCGUACUAAUGCUUGAUAUGUUCGGGAUGAUGCAGGAAAACAUGUCGGAAGCAAUCGAUGUGUGCAACAAAAUCCUGCACGACCAUCAGACACCGUGA